AAUUAAACGUAUAAAAUGGAGGCAAAAGAAGGCAAGAAGUCUCUUUCAAAGGGAACCAUAGUGUCCCCCUCGACUCUCAAGCCAGUUCCAUUCGCUUGUAAGGACGUGCUGGGUAGUUGCCGGUCAGUGGAUGAGUUUAAUAAGCUCAACAGAAUAGGAGAAGGCACUUAUGGAGUCGUUUACAGAGCUGAGGAUAAGAAGUCUAAAGAAAUAGUCGCACUGAAAAGGAUCAGGAUGGAGAACGAGGAGGAAGGCCUCCCUAUAUGCAGCGUCAGGGAAAUAGGACUCCUCCUGAGCCUCUCCCACGAGAACAUAGUCCAGCUGAAGGAGAUUGCUGUUGGCAGAGAACUAGACAACAUGUUUCUAGUCAUGAACUACUGUGAGCAGGACCUGGCUAGCCUUAUUGAUAACAUGGCCUCUCCUUUUACUGAGCCUCAGGUUAAAUGCAUCAUGCUCCAGCUGUUAGAGGGACUCUCCUACCUUCACAACAACCAUGUCAUACACAGGGACCUCAAAGUCUCCAAUCUCCUCCUAACAGACAAAGGGAUUUUAAAAAUAGCCGAUUUCGGUCUUGCAAGAACUCUUGGUCGUCCGCUAAAACCGCUGACACCCACGGUUGUCACGCUCUGGUACCGAGCACCUGAGCUUCUUUUCGGCAGCCGUGAGUACAGCUGCUCACUGGAUAUGUGGUCAGUUGGAUGUAUAUUCGGCGAACUAUUGCUCAACAAACCUUUGUUACCUGGUAAAUCUGAAGCAAAUCAAAUAGAACUAAUAACUAAUUUAAUCGGUAGCCCAAACGAAGGUAUAUGGCCAGGGUACUCUAAGCUACCACUCGUCGCGUCGCUAGAGAUCAAACGGCAGCCGUACAAUAACCUCAAGGAGAAGGUUUAUUGGAUAUCGGAGACUGGGCGGGGCUUGUUGAACGAUUUAUUGACUUACAAUCCCGAGUAUAGGAUGAGUUCUUCGAGAGCACUAAGGUGUAAGUAUUUCAAUGAGAACCCACUGCCUGUAGAACCGAGUAUGAUGCCAACGUAUCCUCAUCUUAGAAACACUAAACCACAGGUUCACAGAGCUAUUCCUGUUGAUACUAGACCAGCAAAAAAACAGCGCAUAAAUUAAAAUAUUUUGACAAUUAUAAAUAAAAAAUAUCUUUG